CUCUCAACAAAAAUGAUAUCGAAGUUAGUGCUCUGUGGUGUGAUUGCCGCCGUGGCAUCACUGCCCCAAAGCCCGUCUACCUCCUACGGGACUCCUAAUGUGGGAUCUGGAGGAGGAGGCUUCGGUGGCAGCGGGUUUGGAGGUUCCUCGGGAAGUGGAGGUUUCGGAGGAGAUGGAAGUGGCUUCGGAGGAGCAAGCAGUGGUUUCGGAGGAGCUGGUACUGGCUUCGGAGGAGGAGCAGGCCUUGGAGGAGGGGCUGGCAGUGGUUUUGGAGGAGCUGGUGCUGGUUUUGGUGGAGGAGCAGGCCUUGGAGGAGGAGCUGGCAGUUUUGGAGGAGCAGGAAGCGAAUUCGGGGGAUCAUUAGGAGGAGGGUCAUCUGGAGCAGGAUACACAGGGUCCUCAGGAGGAAGACGUGCUGGAGCCUCCUCUCAUCGUGGUUCAUCUGCAGUCGGAUUUAGAGACUCAGUAGGAGCUUCAAGAGGCUCUAGUGGUGCUUUUGGAGGCUCUUCAGGAACUAGCUUCGGGGGUUCAUCCCUUGAUGGAUUUAGAGGUUCAUCAGCAGGAUCUAGAGGAUCAUCUGGAGUAGGCUUUGGAGGCUCAUCUGCAGGAGGAUUCGGAGGCAGCGGCGCUGGAGGCGCUGGAGCUGGAAGGUACAGCGGAUCCUCCGGGCCUGUGAUUCCCAUCCUCAGGGACGAUCGUCAGGGACCCGAUGAGUUCGGAAACUACAACUUCAACUUCGAAACUGGCAAUGGCAUCAGUCGACAGGAACAGGGUGCCCCUCAGGGACCAACUGGCGCCGUGGCCUCUCAGGGAGCAUGGUCGUUUACUUUCCCUGACGGCACUCCAGCUAACUUCAAUUUCGUUGCUGACGAGAACGGUUACCGUGUGGAGUCCGACCUGCUGCCCACCCCACCUCCCCUCCCCCCGCACGCCAUCGCCCAGAUCGAAAAGGCUCGUCUGGAGGAUGCCGCCGCCGCUGCUUCCGGUGGGCGAGGUGGUUACAGUGGCCAGUCUGGUUCCGGUUCCGGACAGUUCUCGGGAGCUGGCCAAUCAGGCUUUGGUUCCGGUCAGUUCUCAAGCACUGGUCAAAGCGGCUUUGGUUCAGGGCAGUUCUCAGGAUCUGGCCAGUCAGGCUUUGGUUCUGGUCAGUUCUCAGGUGCCAGUCAAUCAGAUUUUGGCUCUAGCCAAUUUUCAGGCUCUGGCCAGUCAGGCAUUGGAUCGGGACAGUUUUCAGGUGUUGGCCAGUCAGGUUUUGGCUCUGGCCAGUUUUCAGGUGCUGGUUCAUCUCAAACACCAACCAGGUCUUAUGGCUAUCCAUAAGAAUGAUUAAUCAUAGGACCGGCUAAGCACUUAUUACCUGAACUCUACAUGACAAGAAUGAUAUCGCCAAGAAUAGUUAUAUAUAGAUAAUGAUAUGUUGUUACCUGAAGAAUACAUUUAAUUAUUAAAUAUCAAUUAUUAAAU